UUAGUGACGUGUGUUGUGCGCCGGACGCCGCAGACUGAUACUGUUUCUUGCCGGGAGUAGAGAUACCGGUGGUCGUGGAAGCACAUAUCUAAGACACCGAGAACAUGAUCACCUCAGCUGCUGGGAUCCUUUCACUUCUGGAUGAAGAAGAACCUCAGCUUAAGGAAUUUGCAUUACACAAACUGAAUGCCGUUGUCAAUGAUUUCUGGGCAGAAAUCUCAGAAUCUGUGGAUAAGAUUGAAGUGCUUUAUGAAGAUGAAGGUUUUAGGAGUAGGCAGUUCGCUGCUCUUGUUGCCUCCAAAGUUUUUUAUCACUUGGGAGCAUUUGAGGAAUCUCUUAACUAUGCUUUGGGCGCCGGGGACCUGUUUAAUGUCAACGACAGCUCAGAAUAUGUUGAAACCAUUAUAGCCAAAUGCAUUGACCACUACACAAAGCAGUGCGUUGAGAAUGCAGAGUUACCUGAAGGUGAGAAAAAGCCUGUGGAUGAACGUCUAGAAGGGAUUGUGAACAAGAUGUUUCAGCGUUGCCUGGAUGAUCACAAGUACAAGCAGGCCGUGGGCAUUGCACUGGAGACACGCAGGCUAGAUAUCUUCCAGAAAACAAUUCUUGAGUCUAACGAUGUCCCUGGAAUGCUUGCUUACAGCUUAAAGGUUUGCAUGUCUCUGAUGCAAAACAAACAAUUCAGGAAUAAAGUGCUUCGAGUCCUUGUCAAAAUCUAUAUGAAUCUUGAAAAACCAGAUUUUAUCAACGUGUGCCAGUGUCUGAUCUUCCUGGAUGAUCCACAGGCUGUCAGUGAUAUCCUGGAGAAGCUAGUAAAGGAGGAUAACCUGCUUAUGGCAUAUCAGAUUUGCUUUGACUUGUAUGAAAGCGCCAGCCAGCAGUUCCUCUCCGCUGUCAUACAGAACUUGCGCACUGUUGGAGCCCCUAUCCCCUCUGUACCAGGUUCCACCAACACGGGCACUGUGCCUUCUGCUGCAAAAGACAGCGAGUCCAUGGAAGCUGAAGAUAAAGCUGGGAGCCCUGUAGCUAGCAAAUCAGCAGAGACCCCAGAACCAAAGGAUCAGAUCUCAAAGAUGAUAAAAAUACUUAGCGGGGAGAUGGCUAUAGAGCUCCACUUGCAAUUUUUGAUACGGAACAAUAAUACAGACUUAAUGAUCUUAAAAAACACUAAGGAUGCUGUAAGAAAUUCUGUUUGUCACACAGCAACGGUCAUAGCAAAUUCUUUCAUGCACUGUGGCACCACUAGUGACCAGUUCCUCAGAGAUAAUCUAGAGUGGUUGGCAAGAGCCACCAACUGGGCAAAGUUCACAGCAACAGCCAGUUUAGGUGUAAUUCACAAGGGACACGAGAAGGAAGCACUCCAGCUCAUGGCAACUUACUUACCCAAGGAUACGUCACCUGGUUCAGCAUACCAGGAGGGAGGUGGUCUCUAUGCCUUGGGACUCAUUCACGCCAACCAUGGUGGUGAUAUUAUAGAUUACUUGCUGAACCAGUUGAAGAAUGCCAGCAAUGAUAUUGUGCGUCAUGGUGGUUGCCUGGGACUGGGCCUAGCUGCUAUGGGCACUGCUAGACCAGAUGUUUAUGAGUUACUGAAAACUAACUUAUACCAGGAUGAUGCAGUGACUGGGGAGGCAGCAGGAUUGGCUCUUGGCUUGGUGAUGUUGGGAUCCAAGAAUGCCCAGGCAAUUGAGGAUAUGGUUGGCUAUGCACAGGAAACUCAGCAUGAGAAGAUUCUGCGUGGGCUGGCUGUGGGUAUUGCUCUGGUUAUGUAUGGUAGAAUGGAGGAAGCUGAUGCGCUGAUUGAGAGCCUUUGCAGGGACAAGGAUCCAAUUCUGCGCCGAUCAGGGAUGUAUACUGUGGCCAUGGCGUACUGUGGUUCUGGAAAUAAUAAGGCUAUCCGACGGCUCCUGCAUGUGGCUGUGAGUGAUGUUAAUGAUGAUGUACGAAGAGCAGCUGUGGAGUCACUUGGCUUUAUCCUCUUCAGGACCCCAGAGCAGUGCCCGAGUGUUGUAUCCCUGCUGUCUGAGAGCUACAACCCACACGUAAGAUAUGGAGCUGCUAUGGCCUUGGGCAUUUGUUGCUCUGGAACUGGGAAUAAGGAAGCAAUUAACCUUCUGGAGCCCAUGACUAAUGAUCCUGUAAAUUAUGUGCGCCAGGGAGCACUUAUCUCGUCUGCUCUGAUCAUGAUCCAGCAAACUGAAGUCACUUGCCCCAAGGUUAACCAAUUCCGUCAACUAUACUCUAAAGUCAUUAAUGACAAACACGAUGAUGUGAUGGCAAAGUUUGGUGCAAUUCUGGCCCAGGGAAUUUUAGAUGCAGGUGGCCACAAUGUAACUAUCUCGCUGCAGUCUCGCACAGGCCAUACUCACAUGCCAUCUGUGGUGGGGGUGCUGGUCUUCACUCAGUUCUGGUUCUGGUUCCCCCUGUCACACUUUCUGUCUCUUGCUUUCACACCUACCUGUGUCAUAGGACUGAACAAGGACCUCAAGAUGCCAAAGGUUCAGUAUCGAUCCAACUGCAAGCCCUCAACGUUUGCUUAUCCUGCGCCGCUUGAGGUGCCUAAGGAAAAAGAGAAAGAGAAGGUAUCAACAGCUGUUCUGUCCAUCACAGCCAAGGCUAAGAAGAAGGAAAAGGAAAAAGAAAAGAAAGAGGAGGAAAAGAUGGAAGUGGAUGAGACAGAGAAAAAAGAAGAGAAAAAGAAAGAGCCAGAACCAAAUUUCCAGCUACUGGAGAACCCAGCACGUGUAAUGCCAGCUCAGUUGAAAGUGCUCACCAUGCCUGAAGGUUCCAGAUACCAACCAUUCAAACCACUCUCUAUAGGUGGCAUCAUCAUUCUCCGAGAUACCAGCAAGGAAGAGGAGCAACUUGUAGAACCAGUUGCAGCUCAUGGUCCAAAGAUUGAAGAGGAGGAGCAAGAACCAGAACCCCCUGAGCCUUUUGAGUACAUUGAUGAUUAGAAGAGCAGAUAUGUUGUUUAGAUACUGGACAUCAUAAAGUGAACUGCGAGCCACACGCCAGUAGAGAUGUUUGUUAAAUGUGUGCCACCUCUGCACUGUGUGAGAGACUUACAGCCAUGGAUUCAAUGUUACUGAUAUCGACAUUCUGUUUUCAAAUAAAAAUAAAAAAUAAAAAGA